CGUAGUGUAUGACCAGCUAGCAUUCAAAGCGCAGGGGGGAGUUCUUCAGGCUAAAUAACGCCGCCGUUCCUCGUUGUGCCGCCUUCAUCUUUAAUGCUGGUGGGAGCGGAGCCAUCCUGCAGGUUCUGGUUCUGAUGGCGAACGAGAGGCUCAGACUACUGGAGGACGCGGAGAAGGAAAUAGCGGUGGUUCUGCAGUGUGCUGGAAACAUAGUUUUGGAACUCUCCAAAGACAAACAUAAUGCCAGUUUCCUAGACAGACAGCUGGUCCAGUUCCAGACUUCAAUCAACCGCGUGGAGAGCGAACUGGGCGCCCAGAUCCGCUACCUCACACAGGUAGCUACAGGUCAGCCUCAUGAGGGGUCCACCUACUCGGCCAGGAAGGACUGCCAGAUGGCGCUGAACAGAGCCGAGUACGCCAAGGUCAAACUGGGGGAGCUAGGACGGACGUGUGAAGCCAUGUUGGAGCAGCAGCAACAGCAGCAGAUGUGAGAGGACCAUCUCAGACAUCAAAGGAAAUGAUCUAGAACCUGCUUCAUAUUUACAGAACAUUUUAUUACUGAUGGUUUGUUAUUGGAUUUGUUUAGUUUCUGGUUCUGGAGGAACCUAAAUCUGUGAUGAGCACUAAUGAGCUCUGCCCAGGUCAGUUCUGUUGUGGCUUCUUCAGUUUCUGGUGCCGGAUAACAGCUCUGAGUUUUACCAUGUUGGUGUAAUAAACCCGACUGUGACCGCUGGCGUCUGCAGUGAAAACAUCUGAA